AUGGCCGCCCUGUUCACCGGGAAGGUCCUGAUGGCCAACCGGGAGGAGUACGAGGUGGAGACGGAGCGGGAGCUGGGCCUGGCGCUGGAGAACAAGGUGCUGCUGCUUUAUUUCGGGUCCGAGCAGUGCCCGCGGUGUCGCCGUUUCUCGCCGCUCCUCAAGGAUUUCUUCCUGCGUUUGACCGACGAGUUUUACGUGGAACGAGCAUCGCAGCUGGUCCUGGUUUACGUCUCCCAGGACGAGACGGAGGAGCAGCAGAGCGCCUUCCUGAAGACCAUGCCCAAACGGUGGCUGGCUGUACCUUUCGGGGACGACUUUAAAAGGGAGCUGGAGCUGCGCUUCGCCGUGGCCGAGGUGCCGGCCGUGGUGGUGCUGAAGCCCAACGGGGAGGUGAUCGUUGGAAACGCCGUAGAAGAGAUCCAGCGUUUGGGUCCCGCUUGUUUCCAAAACUGGAAGGAGGCCGCCGAGCUGGUGGACCGAAAUUUUCGCUUGGCGGAGGAUUUUGACGACUGCGCCCGGAGAAGCAUCACCGACCCCAUCCGUCGUCUCAAGUACAAGCUGGACAAGAAGAGGGGGGCGAAGAAGAGGAGGGAUGAGGAGGAGGAGGAUGAGGAGGAGUCGUCUUAG